UGAUCAGUAUAAACAUUAUCAUCCAUCACACCCACCUGUCAUCUGUAAAAAAACAAUUGAUUGUUUACAAUAUCAUUUUUGCUUACUGAGUUUAUUAAAUCAUUAAUACAAUGGAAGAAGUCGAUGAAAUUGUUUUGCAUACCUUACGCCAAAUUGGUUGCGAUGUGGAUGAAAUAAAUAGCUUGAAAGAGUUCACGACGGAAGCGGCGAUUGAAGGUGUAGUUCGUUGCCUGAAAUUAAUUAAUCCUUCUCUUGAAUUAUCCCAUCAUGUUCCUCCUAAUAUGUCUGCCAGGUAUAGGUUGGGCUCAACUUUAGCUCAGAUAUGUACCGAGCUCGGAUAUAAAGGAGAGAUUGGUUACCAGACUUUUUUAUAUUCUAAUGAAACGGACAUAAGAAAAAUAUUUCUAUUCCUUUUAGAAAAUUUACCGAAGGAGACUGAAAAAGCCUUAGAUGAGCCUUUAAAUAUAACUUCUUUGAUAUUAAAAGAAGCCGGAUCUUCUCUGACUCGAAGUUUAAAUUACCCGUGGCUACCUAUCUAUUGUAAGAGCUCUGUUGACAAUGAAGGGAAACUUUUAUUAAAAAAUCCAUUAUAUUCUUUAGGGAAAUUUCAACCAUAUCCUUUGUUUAGACCAUGUAAUUAUAGUCAUGUGAAAGAUAAAGCUUUGUUCAUGAAACAUUGUGAGAAUGACUUACAGUUAAUUACAAAGCAAGUUAAAGUUGGUCCUCAGUUAUUAUCUUCAGUAUUAGAGGCCAAUACAUUAGAUUAUGUCAAGCAGUGUGAGAGUGAAAAGAAUCAGGAUGAUUUAACAACUGUUUUAAAUAGAAAAGAACUGGCAGUGCAAAAGCGGGAGAAAAUUAAUAAAAUUAUAAAUGAGCAUUUGUUGCAAGCUAUACAGCAGAGCAAGCAUGUUUCUGGAAAAUUUGAAGACACCCUCAAAAGUACUGUGGAGUCUCGUAGUUCUCGGUUUACCCAUGCAUUAGAACUUCAAUUUACACCUGAUAAGAAAGAAACUGCUUCAGUGAAUGUUCCUACAGCUAAAGCAGGCGACUCUGAAGAAGACAUGCAGAAAAAGAGAGAAACAGAGAUCAAAGAACUUCAGCUGAAACUAGAUUUGUUAACUAACAAACUUGAAAAUUUGAAUGUGGAAAAUAAGAACUAUGAAUCUACGUCUCAGAAUAUGCAGGAGCAAAUAAGGAAAGAACAAGAAACUAUAGAUGAUCUUAAAGAGCGUUAUCGUGUGAAAAAAUGUACUCUGUCUCUCUUACCUGAUGCUGAAACUAAUAUUGAAAAACUGCAAGCUGUUAUUGAUGCUAGUUCACAAAGAUUAGUAUCAUUAGCUAAUCAAUGGGAACAACAUAGAGUUCCAUUGAUCGACCAGUACAGGGAAUUAAGAGAACUUUCUUCUCGAAGAGUUAAUGAAACGCAACGAAAACUGGAAGAAAUAAAAAUUCUUAGAGAAAAAAUUAAAAGCCUUGGUGUAGAAGCUCGGCAAAAAGAAGAGAUGCAUAAACAUUUAGUUACUGCUUAUGAGAAACUUACUAAAGAUGUAAGUCGCUCAGCUUAUACCCGAAGAAUCAUGGAAAUUGUUGGAAACAUUAAAAAACAAAAAGCAGAAAUUGAUAAGGUGUUAUUAGAUACCAGAAAUGUACAAAAGGAAAUAAAUAAGUUGUCAGGCAAAUUAGAAAGAACUUUUACAGUGACUGAUGAGCUUAUAUUUAAGGAUGCUAAAAAGGAUGAAGCCAUACGUCGAGCUUAUAAAUAUCUUGCUGCUUUACAUGAAAAUUGUAACCAGUUGGUUAAAAUUGUUGAAGAAACAGGUGCCAUUGCUCGAGAAAUUAGGGAACUGGAGGAUCAGAUUGAACAAGAAAAUCAAAAGAAAGUAGCAGCAACAUUAGAAAGAAUUACUUCAGAUUAUAAACAAAUGCAGCAAGAAAAUGCAUCACUUUUAGCUCAACUUAAGUAAUAUUAUGAUUAAUUGUUAAAUUCAGUGUUUAUGUUAGGAAAGGGAUAAAAGAGCUUUCUGUGACUGUCUUAUUGAUUUUAAAGUAAUUUUUUUAGGAUUUUAUUAUUAUUCCUUCUAAAUAUUCAUCCCAGUGAUUAGAAUGCCAAUUUUGUUUUCGUUUUUAUGUUUUCCAAUUUAUGUUUUUUGGUCAUAAGAUUGUCGAAUUUAAUUUUGUUGUAAAAACUGUCAAAUAAUUGGAAAAUAUUAUGUGUUAUGUUAUUUUUCUAGUUUAGUUUCUAGCUUAGUUAAAAUUGUGGAUUACACUGCUCAAAGUUUUUUUAUAGAUUAUAUCUCAUUCUUACUAGACUGUUAAAUGUUAUUUUUAAUAGUAUUAUGAUUUUUUAUAAUUAUUUUUCAUCAUUUUCAUUGAUA